AUGAGCAACGUAAAAACCAAGAAGAGCAACCAACCGGGCAUAUUCAACAAAUGCUUGAGGGCAACAAUAAGGAUGUUAAUCAAGGCGAGGGACCUGUACGUGGAGGGCAUGACUGACUGGUCAGAGAAGAUUGCUUUGGGGACGGCGAUGGGGUGCCCAACGGGUCAAGUCAACAUGGGUUUGCCCCGGAGUUACAGUGUUAACUCGUCCAAAUCAUCGAGCAAUAACGAGGACAUGAGAGAGCUCAUUAGAGCUGCUUCUACAAGGAGUCUAGGCAAUAGAACUGAUUCGGAUCUUCUUCAGAGACAAGUGCAGGCAAGUAAAAGUGGAUCAAAUAAAAAGAAAAUGCCGAGGAGUUUUAGUGUUGGUAUUGGGAGAAUUGAUGAAGAACAUAUUUGUGAUUUUGAGGAGGGUGAUGUCAAGGUCAAGAAGAAUAGUAAUUUAUUUCAAAGAAGUAGGAGCUAUGCUGUUCCAAAUUGA